AUGUCGAAAGAAAAAAUUGGUUUAAAUAUUAGAGGCAUAAAGUAUGAAACUCUUCGGUCGACACUCAUUUCUCAGCCAGAAACAUUACUUGGAACAAUGGUUCAAGAACAAAAUGAAUAUAUUAAUAAUUCAGUCAAUGGAAAUGAAUAUUUUUUUGACCGUAAUGGUGAAGCAUUUUACUAUAUAAUGGAAUUUUACCGGACUGGGAAGCUUUUAUGGCCCACUGAAACUACUAUUCCUUUAUGGCCCAAUGAAUCUAAUGGGUCUCAAGUCACUUAUCAACAGCUUAUAGAAGAACUUGAUUAUUUUCGAAUUAAUAAAUCGAAAGUAUUUUCUUCAUUGGCAUCGGAAACUGUUAAAAGUAAAAUUGAUCGAUUCAUUUCAAGCCUUGAACAAUCAAUCAUUAGAAGCUUUGUAAGCUUUGACAAUAAUAUUUCUUUAUCAAUUAUGGAUAACAAUGAAUUAGGUGGAUAUGAUAUCUUGAGUAAUAUGGAAGAACAGAUUGAAAAACACUUAGUUGAAACUUUUUCUGAAUUAGAGUUAAAAUGGAAAAGUCAAAGAAUAUACGUGCAUGGUCGAAAUUACCAAAAUGAUCAUUCAUCUUUUAAGAUAGAUAUCACUUUUUCUUCGAUUAAAAAGUUAUUAGAAUCUGAGAGUGCUCAAGCCUAUAUCAAAUUAAUCCAAGACCCAAUCAACACAUCAGAAGAAAAGAUUAUUUUAAAUGUUGGAGGUAAAAAGUAUGAAACCUUUCAAUCAAUACUUAUAACACAACCAGAAACAUUACUUGGAACGAUGUUUCAAGAUCGAAAUAAAUGCAUGCGACAUCCAAUUAAUGAAAACGAAUAUUUUUUUGAUCGUAAUAGUGAAGCGUUUUAUUAUAUAAUGGAAUUUUAUCGAACUGGAAAGCUUAGUUGGCCUACUGAAUCUGGAAAAGUUACUUGUAAACAACUUGAAGAAGAAUUUGAUUACUUUCAAAUUCCUUUUAAUAAGUCGGCAGUGAUUUAUUCAUCAGCUUUAGAAACAAUUAGAAAUAAUGUUAACCGUCUUACUUUAGCAUUUGAAGAAUUAGUCAUUCGAUGUUGUAAUUAUCUUAGAAAUUAUAUUAAAUUAGAAAUUGAACGCAAUGGCCAGAUUCAUAUAAUUGAGUCAAAUAAAAGACGUUAUUAUUAUUUAGAAAAUUUACAAACGUUUUGUGAUUCUAAAUUUAGGCAUCGUUAUCCUACUAUAGAUAAUAUGGAAAACCAAAUCGGUGAUCAUUUGGUUAAAACAUUUUCUGAUUUAGAACUAAAAUGGGAAUUCAGUCGAGCUCAUGAUCAUUUAAAAAGCUUUAUUACUAUCUCUUUUUCAUUUAAUAAUCUUUAUAAAAACUUUAAAUGA